AUGUCCGGAUCCUAUGGCCAGCAGAACCGCACCACCGAGUCGUGGAACAGCGACCCGAACUCCUUCUCCAACCCGAGUGGCCCCGACGCCGGUUUCCAGAACCAGCCCGGAGGCGGCGGGUUCCAAAGCGAGCAAUUCAAUGCGGGCCAGCGCCCGACGCACGACCCCACCGACACCUCGACCUUCAACAACGAGCCCACAGGAGCCCGCCGCGGUGACUUCGGCGACAGCCAGUCCGGCGGCCAAGGCCAAGGCCAGUUCCGCUCCGGGGGCGACCCGAACGAGAAGUUCGGCACGUCUGGCUUCGGGCGCGGUGGCAACACCACGGACUCGAACACCGUCGGCACGGGCGGGAACUUUGACGGCCUGAGCAGCACUGGCCGCGGUGGCGCAGGCGUCGGCAGCGGCGGUGUGGACGGCGACAACUGGAGGCAGAACGACAACUACGGCUCGUCGAACAACAACGGCAACAGCUACGGUUCGAGCAAUGAGCCCACUCCUGGAGCGGGGAAGGCGAGCAUGGGCGAGCGGCUGAAGGGCAAUGCCGAGAAGCUUGCUGGACGUGUUACCGGCAACCCUUCGAUGGUUGAACGGGGCCAAGUCCGCAAGAGCGGUAACCCCGAUGACACCAGCUACAAUUCCAACGAGUCAAACGACUACUAG